UUGCCACAAAUCAAAAUUUGUGGUGUGGUAUUAUACUUCUUUGCCAUUACAACCUCAUACUUGUGUGUUAUCUCAUCUUUGUAAACACACAAUAAGACAAACUUUACAUUUCCUCUACUACUCUUUGUUUUAAGUAUAACAAAAAAAGAACCCAACUUUGUAACUCAAACACACAUACAGUUGCUGCGUUUGACACAAACCCAGUUCAACAAAACUCAAGCUUCGUCAUUUACUUAGUUUUUCUCGGACGCUCAUACAGUUGACGCCGCCGCAACAGCAGCAACUAGUUGUUGUAUUGUUCUUUGGCUUUUCUUCCUCUUUUAAAGUAUCAUUUCAACUACCUUCUACAGAUUCGGCAUCUGAGGCCCAUCAUUUGCUGUGCAAAUGGGUUGAUGGAUUAGCUUUCAAUUAUGGGUUUAAGGGAAGAUGGAUGAUGAAUUGAUUGGGAGAAUACUUUCCUUCCAAUUAUAUCUACAUGAUAGUUAGGUUAGGCUUGUUGGUUGGUGCCUCCAUCGCAGCCUACACUGUUAGGCAAAUAAAUGUCAGAGGUCCAAAGCCAUCAAAUUCCUCACUUAAACAUACAGAUGAUGAUGAUGAAGCCACUAUUGAGCUUGAUCAAGAAAAGGAAGAAAAGGAGACUCUUGACUACUCAAAUAUCAGCAGCGAUGAGAAGGAACAGGAAGAGGAAAAAGAAGAGGUUAAACUAAUAAGUGGGGAAAUAAACCCUCCAAGUGUUAAUACAUUUGACAUUGGGGAGGAUGAAUUUGAAGAGCUUCUAUCAGGGCAGAUUGAAUUUCCAGUACCAGAUGCAGAGAAAAGUGAUAGAGCUGAUCGCCAGAGAAUCUAUGAUGAAGAGAUGGCAAGUAAUGCAAAUGAACUAGAAAGGUUGCGCAACCUAGUAAAGGAACUAGAGGAGCGAGAAGUAAGACUAGAAGGGGAAUUGUUGGAGUAUUAUGGUUUGAAAGAGCAGGAGUCUGACAUAAUGGAGUUGCAACGGCAGCUCAAGAUAAAGACUGUCGAGAUUGACAUGCUGAAGGUUAAUAUAAACUCACUGCAAGCUGAAAGGAAAAAGCUCACAGAAGAGAUUGAACUUGGAGUUUCUGCUAGGAAGGAACUUGACUUGGCGAGGAAGAAAAUUAAGGAGUUGCAGAGACAAAUUCAGCUAGAAUCAAAUCAGACAAAGGGCCAACUUUUGCUGCUUAAACAGCAAGUCACUGGUUUGCAGUCAAAAGAGGAAGAUGCCUACAAAAAAGAUGCAGAAGUUGAAAAGAAGCUUAAAGCUGUUAAGAAAUUGGAGGCUGACGUGGGAGAACUUAAGAGAAAAAACAUAGAGCUUCUGCAUGACAAGCGGGACCUGUUGAUCAAACUAGAUGCUGCUGAAGCCAAAGCUGCUGUACUUUCUGACAUGACAGAGACUGAAAUGGUAGCAAAGGUUAGAGAGGAGGUCAACGAGUUAAAGCAUGCAAAUGAAGACUUGCAAAAGCAGGUUGAAGGACUUCAGAUGAACCGGUUCAGUGAAGUUGAAGAGUUGGUCUACCUACGCUGGGUGAAUGCAUGCUUGAGACAUGAACUUAAAAACUAUCAGACACCUGCUGGAAAGAUGUCUGCUCGUGAGCUUAGCAAGAACUUAAGCCCUAAAUCUCAAGAGAAGGCCAAACAGCUCUUAUUAGAAUAUGCUGGCUCAGAGCGUGGACAAGGGGACACAGAUCUCGAGAGCAAUUUCUCUCAACCAUCUUCUCCUGGAAGUGAGGACUUUGACAAUGUUUCAAUUGACAGUUCCACAAGCAAAUACAGCAGUCUGAGUAGGAGGCCAAGCUUAAUCCAAAAGCUAAAGAAAUGGGGGGGCAAAAGCAAAGAUGAUUCAAGUGCGCUUUCAUCACCAGCUAGAUCUUUCUCAGGAGGCUCGCCAAUGAGGACUAGCAUGAGUCUGAAGCAAAGGGGGCCACUAGAGUCGUUGAUGCUCAGAAAUGCAAGUGACAAUGUUGCAAUAACCUCAUUUGGUAAGGCAGAACAAGACAUGGAUGGAUACGAAACCCCAGAUCUCCCACGCAUUAGAACACGGGAUCCUUCUAGUGAUUCACUAAACAAUGUAGCAGCUUCAUUUCAGCUGAUGUCAAAAUCAGCCGAAGGAACCGUAGAUGAGAAGUAUCCUGCAUACAAAGACCGGCAUAAGCUGGCAUUGGAGAGAGAAAAACAGAUUAAAGAGAAGGCAGAGCAAGCAAGAGCGGAGAAGUUUGGUGAUAAAUCAGGCUUAAAGCCUGAUUCCAAGGCAAGAGAGAAAUCUGUAGCUUUGCCACCAAAGCUUUCUCAGAUAAAGGAGAAGGUACCGGUUUCUAACAAUACUAGUGACCAAUCUGGGGAUAGUAAAAUGGUUGAGUCUUCAGCGGUGAGCAAAAUGAAACUUGCAGAAAUUGAAAGAAGGCCUCCCAGGGUGCCACGUCCCCCACCAAAAUCAUCUGGAAAUAGCGCUUCUGGUGGAAAUGUUAGCUUAUCCACUGGAGGACCAUCUGGGGGCCCUCCACCGCCGCCACCACCACCUCGGGCUCCUGGUGGACCACCGCCUCCACCGCCACCUCCAGGAGGUCUAUCAAGAGGGGCUGGAAACGACGACAAGGUUCAUAGAGCUCCUGAAGUUGUUGAAUUCUAUCAGAGCCUGAUGAAGCGGGAGGCAAAGAAAGAUACAACAACUCUGAUAUCAACUACUUCUAAUACAGCUAAUGCAAGGAGCAAUAUGAUUGGCGAGAUUGAGAACAGAUCAACCUUCCUCUUAGCAGUGAAAGCUGAUGUGGAAAGUCAAGGUGAUUUUGUUCAGUCAUUAGCAACUGAAGUCCGAGCAGCUUCUUUCACCAGUGUAGAAGACCUGGUCUCAUUUGUGAACUGGCUAGAUGAAGAACUUUCCUUCUUGGUUGAUGAGAGGGCAGUUCUCAAGCACUUUGACUGGCCUGAGGGGAAAGCAGAUGCAUUAAGAGAGGCUUCAUUUGAAUAUCAAGAUCUGGCGAAGUUAGAAAAGCGAGUUUCAUCUUUUGAAGAUGACCCCACCCUUUCAUGUGACAAAGCUCUGAAAAAAAUGUACUCGUUGCUUGAAAAGGUUGAACAAAGUGUAUAUGCAUUAUUGCGCACGCGAGACAUGGCUAUCUCAAGAUAUAGGGAGUUUGGAAUUCCAGUUAACUGGUUGAUGGACUCAGGAAUUGUUGGCAAGAUCAAGCUAUCAUCUGUGCAAUUAGCAAAGAAGUACAUGAAGCGUGUCGCAACAGAGCUUGAUACACUUAGUGGUCCUGAAAAGGAACCAAACAGAGAAUUCAUACUCUUACAAGGCAUUCGUUUUGCUUUCCGUGUACAUCAGUUUGCCGGGGGUUUUGAUGCUGAAAGCAUGAAAGCAUUUGAAGAUUUGAGAAACCGCGCUAGCACACAAUCGACCGAAGAUAGUAAGCUGCAAAUAUAGUAGUGGUGUUAUACUAUUCUUCUCCUGAAAACACUCUAUUUGUAUACAUUUCUCUUGUACAUCUUACCAUUUUUUAUAUACUCCAGGCAUAUAUUAGUAAUUUGAUACAAACAUAAGUUUUCCUAAGUUGAAGGGAAAUAAAGGUACUUUCACGAUCAAGAGGUUAAAUUCACAA